CGCACACCCUCCACAAGCCCAGGAUCAGGCAGCGAGUGGGCUCCAACAUGGCGGACAGCGCCAGCGAGAGUGACACGGAUGCGGCGGGCAGUUCAUCGGCGCUGCCGCCCGCCAAUUCGUCGGCCGCCUCCAAGGCCGGUAUCGUGAUCUCGGCCUCCAAGCUGGAGGAGCUGAGCAACCGGCUGGCCUCGCUGCAGCAGGAGAACAAGGUGCUGAAGAUCGAGCUGGAGACCUACAAGCUCAAGUGCAAGGCCCUGCAGGAGGAGAACCGCGACCUGCGCAAGGCCAGCGUUACCAUCCAAGCAAGGGCUGAACAGGAAGAAGAGUUCAUUAGUAAUACAUUGUUUAAGAAGAUUCAAGCUUUGCAAAAAGAAAAAGAAACAUUGGCUGUAAAUUAUGAGAAGGAAGAAGAAUUUCUCACAAAUGAGCUCUCCCGCAAACUGAUGCAGUUGCAGCAUGAAAAGGCUGAACUGGAACAGACACUAGAGCAGGAACAGGAGUUUCAAGUAAACAAAUUGAUGAAGAAGAUCAAAAAGCUGGAGAAUGAUACUCUUUCCAAACAAUUUACACUUGAACAGCUGAGACGUGAAAAAAUUGACCUUGAAAAUACUUUGGAACAAGAACAAGAAGCAUUAGUAAAUCGAUUGUGGAAGCGGAUGGACAAACUGGAAGCAGAGAAGCGUAUUUUACAGGAGAAACUAGAUCAGCCUGUGUCGGCUCCACCAUCUCCAAGGGACAUUUCCAUGGAAAUAGACUCGCCAGAAAACAUGAUGCGACAUAUCAGAUUUUUGAAAAAUGAGGUAGAGAGGCUAAAGAAACAACUCCGAGCUGCCCAGUUGCAGCAUACGGAGAAAAUGGCACAGUAUUUAGAAGAAGAACGUCACAUGAGGGAAGAGAAUCUGAGGCUCCAGCGAAAACUACAAAGAGAAAUGGAAAGGAGAGAGGCCCUUUGCAGACAGUUGUCAGAAAGCGAGUCUAGCUUAGAAAUGGAUGAUGAAAGGUUUGUGUGAUGGAUGGUGCUUCUAUUGAGAUUUCUUUUUUAUUAAAGUUAACAUGCAAUGGGACAACAAAAACAAAAAUUCCUGGUCAAUUUUAAUUUGAUUUUUAAACCGCAUGUGUUGCAGUUGAAGCAGGGAACUUCCUGGUCUGCCUGGCUGAAUCUACACUGAUAAGUGCUUUUGCAACCUAUGCAAUCCUAGAGCUAUUGGAACUUUUCAUUGAAAGGGAAAAGAUGUUAAAAUGAUUUUAAUCAUGUUGACAUGUCUAAAUUUUAGAUGUAAAUGUGCUUGUUAUACUGCAGAAACAGAAUGAGACACUAAAGCCCUUCAGUAAAUGAAUUACUUUUGAAGUGCUAACAUUGUGGGCGGAAACAAAGGUUCAAAAUUAGCAAGCCUUGAGUACAAAUGCAGACUGAAUUAAAUUUCCUCCUCCCUGCAUCAUAUAUGGCAGUCUUCCUCCAAAAUUUAUUUCAUGUAAGAGCUGCAUAAAUGAAUGGCUGAACACCGCCUUGGAUUUAUAGAGAAGUAGACUGAGAUGAUCAAAUGACCACAGGAUUCGCUGAUUCUUUUGCUGGUUCAGUGACAGGUGUUUUAGGGAUGCAUAGCCAAAGGGAUCACUUGGUUGCAUCAUUGCUAUGUAAUAUUUAUGCAAGAUAUCCUUGAUUUUAUUAACGGGUGAUUUGAGAUAACAAACUUUCAAUAAGACAUGAGCCUAUUCUGGUUUUGCACAUUGUAGCAAAA